UAUUCAAAGGAAUCUGCGCCAACGUUGGCGAUCCGUCCACAUAUUGGCUCACUGGCUCCGUCUUGUAACACGCGUCGAGUGCGUAUGUGGAGAUAUGUCAUCAACAAAAUCGCUACCCGCGUGGACAAACGAAAAAGUUGUAGAAUUUUUAGAGUUAUACCAGGCGCAUCCAAUAAUAUGGAACGCCUCUCGCAAGGACCAUAAAAAUAAAAAUUUGGUAGCCGAUGCAUGGCGCAAUAUUCAACAGAAUAUGAAAAUGAUUUAUUCUAUUGAGGAAUUAAAAAAGAAAGAGAAACGCUCAUUGAUGAGCACAUAUCGCCUAUAUCGAAAGAAAAUUUUGGACUCUACUCGUUCUGGGUCAUCGGUGGAUGAUAUUUUUAAACCGAAUUGGUUCGCCUAUGAUCUAAUGGACAGCUUUCUUGCUCCGAUUUAUGAUAAAACAGAUACAUACGCGAUUAAUACAGAGAGUAUGAAGUUUCCUGACGAGGACAGCAUUCAAAAUAAUUUGUCAGCUGGCGAACCAUCAGUUAAAAAACGCAGAGAAUCUGAAAUUUAUGAAGUACGAGCUCAAAUGAAGACAGCUGUAAAUGUCCUCAAAAAUAUCUCAGAUCGACCGCGCGUUGAAGUGGAUGAGGUAGAUGGUAGAUUUAUAUUGUCAAUUACUGGUCAAAAAGACUAAAAAAAUUUAAUGAGCCACAAAGGGAGAUAAUAAUGCUUGAUAUAGACGAACUAAUUUUUCGGAGGCGAAAGGACUCUUACUUAAAUAUCAGUAGCCCUUCUAACUGCAGCACAUACUCGUACGCAAGAUGUACACCGGGUUCCUUGGCACCUACACCAUCCCCUUCAUCUCAGGUUUUACAAAGCACUGUAUACCAGAUUGCUAAUGAUUCUGGUGAUUAUACAAUUGUACAUCCACAUUAUAGCCAAGCAGAAUAUGUGACAGAUCCUUCUACCUCCUCCACUUCUACUCAAAAGGUGGCAAUUAUAUCAAAUGACAUUGUCUCACAGGCACUUACUCUCUCU